CCUUCCUACAUUAAAGUUUUCGCUGCCGCACCCUCGAAACCCUAGCUCCUCCGCUUUCCCUCCCCUCCUCGGAUCCCCGAUCUCGCAAUGGCGGAAGCUGAGCCAGCGGCGGCGCUUGACGUGAAGCUCUUCAGUCGGUGGGCCUUCGACGAUGUCAAUGUGGGUGACAUUUCUCUAUCCGAUUACGUUGGUGUAAGAGUUGAGAAGCACGCGACAUACCUUCCGCAUACUGCCGGACGAUACUCGGUGAAAAGGUUUCGUAAGGCCCAGUGUCCUAUUGUUGAGAGGUUGACAAACUCCUUGAUGAUGCACGGUCGCAACAAUGGUAAGAAGCUGAAGGCAAUUCGCAUUGUCAAGCAUGCAAUGGAGCUCAUUCAUCUCCUUACCGACCUGAACCCUAUCCAAGUCAUUGUGGAUGCUGUUAUUAACAGUGGACCAAGAGAAGAUGCUACAAGAAUUGGGUCAGCUGGUGUUGUGCGCCGUCAAGCUGUCGAUAUCUCUCCAUUGAGGAGAGUGAACCAGGCAAUUUACCUUCUUACAACUGGUGCACGGGAAAGCGCUUUCAGAAACAUCAAGACGAUUGCUGAAUGCCUUGCUGAUGAGCUCAUCAAUGCUGCCAAGGGUUCAUCUAACAGCUAUGCUAUCAAGAAGAAGGAUGAGAUUGAGCGAGUCGCCAAGGCUAACCGUUGAGCAAGGAUGGAGACUUUCACUUCAUACCUUCUACGUGCGUUAAAUGUCUCACAAUUUUUGCCUGGUCUUGAAAUGUGACUCAUUUAGAUACUGUUUUUUUUAGGCCAGUUUUGUUGAGAUUCAUAUGACAUUGGUCUUUGCCGUUAUCCUAUUUUCAGUUAUUUAAGCAGUAAUUAAGUGCUUAAUUGUAUCUCGUCCUUAAUUGAUCAUUUCCAUAUUUGCUCUUA